GAUUCUCUUAGGCGUGAUGCUUGUGGGAGGACACUCAUUGUGGUGACACUCUGAUGAAAAGGAAAUUUAAUUUCAGAGUAUCUUCAUACUUGAGAUUUGGUGUGUGCUGUGAAAAGUUUGGCGACUUCAGUGCUCAACUCUUUCUUCCUCUGCCUUCAGUUGAACAUAAACCAUGGGAGACUGGGGUUUUCUCUCCAAGUUACUUGACAAAGUGCAGUCGCACUCCACGAACAUCGGUAAGGUGUGGCUGACGGUGCUUUUAAUCUUCCGGAUCAUGGUGCUUGGUGCAGGAGUCGAUAAAGUCUGGGGAGACGAGCAGUCCAACAUGGUGUGCAACAUUAUCACACCUGGCUGCAAGAACGUGUGCUACGAUCACAAGUUUCCUAUCUCUCACACUCGCUUCUGGGUUCUCCAGAUCAUCUUUGUGACCCUACCGACACUUGUCUACCUCGGCUACGUCCUGCAUGUGAUCCACAAAGAGGACAAACUGAGGCAGAAGUAUGCUGAGAAGCGAGGAACCAAACUCCCCAAAUACACAGAUGACAACGGAAAGCUUCGGUACAAAGGAAACCUCCUGCGCAUCUACGUUGCUUGUAUAUUAAUGACCAUUCUGUUUGAAGCAGGCUUCAUCGUGGGUCAGUACUACUUGUACGGCUUUGUGAUGGAAUCUAGGCUUAUGUGUGAAGAGAAACCAUGUCCUCAUCCCAUCGAGUGCUUCAUGUCACGUCCAACCGAGAAGACCAUCUUCAUCAUCUUCAUGCUGGUAGUGGCGUGUGUCUCAUUGUUACUGAAUAUAGCAGAGAUUUUUUAUCUGAUCUGUCGGGCUAACAAGGGUAAAGACCAUCAACAUAUAUAUAUUACUAAAGAGACACAUUGCUGAAAUCAAAUUAAAUGCAUUCUGGGUUUAUUUUACUGAAGAAAAUGAGUUAUAAUGCACUACUUGGAGAACUAGGGGUUGUGACAAUACACCAAGACAAUAAUAAUAAGAUCUUUUUGAAAUUCCAAAAUGCCUUGAUCUAUCAAAAAACAUGCUUCUGCACUACAUAGUUAUAGUACUCUAAAUAAGUCAUACUGUCACACCUCUAAGGACAACAACACAACAAAAUAUGGUGCAACAUCUGAAAAGAUCAAUCAUUUUUUAUGUCUAAGAUUCUUUUCCUUAUUCUUAGUGAUGGAAAUUCUGAUUCUGAUUCUCAUUUGUCUCAGCUCACCAAUAAGAAUCGACUCUUUCGACUCCCAAACAGCUCAUUUUCUAAACUGGACAAAGUUGAAUUGCAUUUUACAAAACGUAUUUAAAUAGUAAUAACCGAUAGCCUCCACUAAUACACUGGACUACAUACACCAUGCAACACUGAGAGUAAUACACACAGCUGAGAGUCGAACACAUGGCUUGUUACACACUAAUGAACCAGCUCACAUUUUGAAAAGAAGUUUCCAUGGAAGUAUUUUGAUUAAAUUACACUGUGUGAGUAUCAUCAUUACCUGCACCUACAAAAAUAAAAAAUAAAAAAUUUUAAAAAUGACAUAUAAGCGGCUCUCAAAAUUCACUUAAAAGAGUCGAAUCAAAGAGCUGACUCAUGUGCGAAGGACACAUCACUAAUGUAGAAAGAAAUCCUAAUUUUGUUAUAGCAUUCAUUUGUACGUUCUAUCCCAUCAACUACUAAUGAUAUUUUUGAAUACAUAUAUCUUUUAAAAAUCCUUUCUUAAUAUUACUUGAUUUUGAAUAUGACUAAAUUUUAAAAAUUUUAUAGUGUUGUUUCUUUUAUGACAAAUUUACUGCAGAUCUGGGUAAAGUAAUGCAUUAUACAUACAUAUAUGAGUCUUGUAUAAUAAUAAAAUGCACUGUGCUGUGAUUUCAUACCUUCUGUAAAAAUCAUACUUUAUUUGUUUUUCCUUUUAUUUAAAAUUCAUUGUAAUGUACUUCAAUCGAUUUAUCAAUGAAAUUUAAAAAAUUACA